AUAUGGCGACUCCAACGGGGAGGGACCGGUCGGGUUGCGAUCCUGCCGAGAAAUUGCUCAUUUCGCCCGAAAACUGCGCCUUCCGGGGUGAAGGGAACGCCAACAUCGUCGUAACGCUAAAAAACGAGGACAGAGUUCUUCGGCUUCGUAAGAGUGCCACAUUCACGGAGGACACGAUAUCACUCUUAGGAGAGAGUCUACAGAAAUGCCAUAUGGAGGCAGACUUUAUUGAGAAUGUCAUGAAACCUCUUUUCGGAAGUCGGUUCGUCCAUCCACCGGUUCUCGUUCGAUUGACUGCUGAAAAUGUGAGGCUCAUCAAUAGGGCUGUGCACUUCGAAAGACCACUGCACAGGUUAAAAAAGAAUGUCAAGGAAGUUGCCUCUGUGGGGCUCUUGUUUCCUGACCACUGCACUUUGCCGAGCCACCUCCGAAAAUAUGCUGAAGGUCCUGUGAUCUCCAUUGAAAUUAAGCCAAAGCAGGGAUUCCUGCCUAGUCCUCAUGAUCUCCCCUUCGAGCACAAGCUUCGGUCAUCGGUCUGCAGAUUUCACCUUUCCCAGACAUCCAAGGUCAGCAAAGGGCGUAUAUCAUCAGUCAGCAUGUACUGCCCUCUGGAUCUCUUCAGUGGGUGUCCAAAGCGAAUGAAAAGUGCUCUGAGGGAGCUCCUCUACCACCCACAAAAUAAUCUCAGGGUCUUUAAGAACAAGAAACUUGUGUUUAGUGAAGAAUCAAGAGCCAACCUAGAAGAUGCACUGAAGGAUUUCUUUCUCGAGUCGAGUCUAGUCAGUCGAGAAGACAACUUGUGCCACCUGGUCAUGAAAAUUUUGCGGCACUCGUAUCUUGAAACUGGGGCGGUCAGUGCAACCUCUGGUGUCGGUGACGUCGUCGUGCCGCAGUCCUGCCCGUCUUCACAUCCGUGCACUUGCACAACUAGAAUGAAGGCCGACCACCGGCUUCCUCGUGGGUGUAUCUUGGAGCGAGUGCUGCAGGCUCAGCGGCUGGGUUCCAUCGACGUCUCUACAGCCUAUCCACUAUACCUCAGUCUAAAGGACACACUCCACUGUGCCGGAGAGAAACCACCUCUGCUUGAGUACUUGAAGGACGGCUACCCCGCGUCAUCUCUGCCCAAAGCUGUGGGCUGUCAUGACCGCCAGAACUACGAGACUGACCACACAUUCGCCUGCCGCAAGAUCUGGGAGUUCCUAGUGGCACUAACAGCCCGUGACUGCUCAAUCAUGCUGUCUCUGCAGAGGUUGUCAUCUCAGGCUAAGGUUCACACUUGGGAAGAGGAGUAUGUUGUGGAAGAUGCCUAUGGACAGGCUUUUCUCUUCUCUCUAGCUGUUGUAGACUUAGAUCCUAAGUCUGUCGACAAGCUCGAGAAGGUCUACUUUGACGACUGCAGCAUGAUUAGGACUGCCUGUGCAUGACCAUUGGAAGGCCCAGUGAAGUCAGGCAUGCAAGUCAACAGUUCUCACCAUCAUAGGUGAUGUUCUGUGCUGUAGGCAUGAAUGAGCAUUUUGAAUGGUGGAAAGGUUGUGCUUGAAUACUCCGUAAAGCACGCAAGACAAUCAAGGUUUUAAUCGGAUCUUAUCAAUGUAAAUUUUUAUUCUCCUUCAUGCCGGCAGAUUUGCCUCCUCCUAUCUUUUCUUAAGCCGUUUUAAGGUUCAAAAUAUUAGCUGCCAUCAGAAAAUGUGCUUUUUUUGGAUAAAAUUUUCACAUGUAUAGCCAUUGCACCAUCUCCAUGGUGAUGUGAAAGAUUGUGCUAUAUGUAUGAAACAUAUGCCAUCUAAUAAGAAUGUCUGUUGCUCGGCUCUAGCCAUGGUUUAGAAGCCUUUGCUUUUGUCAGAAUGACGUUUGCCAUGUGCGGAAGUUGCUGAUAUGUCGAGUUUGUUCGCAUUUUUUUUCAGCUAACCUUUAAAAAAUGUUUGCCCUAAAUGACAUGGUGAAGGCAGAUCCUUUAUUAUAGGGAUACUGAACGAAAUUUUUGCUGCCAAGAUUUUCAGCCACAUCAAAAAACUGGGUGCUGAAAUCAAUAGACAGAACCUUUAUUUAUGCUGAAACUAGAGGGAAAUAAUAAAUUUAUUGAGUUUUAUCACAAACUGCAGCAUCUAGCAGUCGUGCUGUGAACUAGAGGAGGUGACAUUUGGUAGCGUUUAAUGCUCCGGAAACUGGCAUGCCAACAGUGCGAGCCGCUUGUGACAUCUCUGUCUGCUUGGCCUCCUCCAUGGUUUCUAGAGCCAGAACAAUUGGCACUAGCAGCAAACAAUGCUCCCUGUUGGGGUAGAGAUUCUAAUUAAUGGGCCAUGCCACAGAAUUUUUGUGGAAGGGGGACAUAGAAAAAGGGAACUGGCAGGACAGGAAAACGGGACACCCUGCAUCCUCCACGGUGGCUCCCCUGUCACAGCUCUAGCUGGCGUGCAGCUGCCGUGCGCCGAAAAUCUUCCGAUAUUGCCGCCAACUGUUCGAAAAUAUGUUAAUUAAACUGUUUAUCAGGGCAGUCCCAUCUUCAGAGUAGAAUUUUAAUAUUUUUGUCAGUUUUUUUAAUUUUUGUUCAGUAUCUCUUUAAAAAUCAUGCCUCUUUAUCUACCUUCUGAAUGUUAUGUUCAUCUCUAGUCGUUAAACUGAUUAUAUUUCAGUAGGCUACUGAGUGCCUUAAUAGUGGCACUGAAAUGAUCAAUUUUGACUAAUGAGGUAUUGCUUCAAAGAUAUUUUUGUGCUGAUUUGGCGGUAAGAGGGUGAUUAGUAGAUGAUACAAAAAUCCAACUUCAUUCCUUAAUAUACAGUGUAAAAAAAAAAAGAAAUCCAGCACCAGAAUGUCAAUUGUGUUAUCUUGAAUUUCAAGUUUUAGCUUCUCGUAUAUGUAGUUGGCCCGUUGUGGCAGAGCUAGUUGUCAGAGAUUUCUAAGUAAGACUCCACAUCCUAGUCCUUUUUAAGUCAGCGUAGUCCAUCUUUAGUGAAUAAUAAAUAAACUAAGCCUGGGAGGAAGCUUCAAAGUAAGUGCCGUCACAGUGAACUGUCGUGAGAAUUCGAUGGCAGUGUCGCACUUGGUCUCAUUUUUUAAUGUUCCAUCGCUUGCUGUCCUUCUUUGUACCUUAGAGCUGAAGUUUUUUUCUUUUGUUUUAAUGCCUUUAAGGCAUCCUGGAAAGUCACCCGAAGUCUGCAGUUCUGAUUGACAAUGUCAAAAAAAAGCGUUUUGUUUUACGUUCUUCCUAAAUGCUCUAACCUCAGUGGCGUUUCCCAACUUUUGAAGAUUUUUUUUUUUUUUGCUGUAAGCAUAAAUGUACAUGUUGCCUUUCUUUAGUCAUUCCCUGCUUAUUUGUGUAUGAUUGAUGUUUUCUCGAAACAUCACAAAAUCUCAAUAUCAGUAUUGUGAAGGGAAGUUUUUUUUCUGUACAUAGUUCUACAUUACUUGCAAUGUUCAGGACAGAAGCAUGUUAACUGCACACACUCAAAAAGGACAUCAUUCUAUAAAGGAGCUUAGGGCUAGGUCUAUUUUUACCGAUACAAGAAUGUGAAAAAGGUGUAAACAUCUUUUUUUUAGUAAUUGCAGUGCAUUUAAUUAUGUUCAACUGUACUCUCUUAGCUAUACAAAUUAGAAAUAGAGUAGUACGAGUUGGGCUUUAAAUAUUUUACUAGAUUCUGCCAAAAAUUUGUAAAUUAGCAUGAUGUUCUGAAUAUUGCUACUCCUUGUAACAGAAACAGUGGAAUUUUUUAAAGCAGCAAUAUUACUGUGAAGUUUACAUAGAUGUUGUACUUAUUUGCCAGAGUAGUGUUCGCGUAUCACAUCUUAAGGGGGGACAUGGCUAUGAAAAUUAUCCUUAUUAUUUAUCAAGCCAAAGGGACGAGAUUCGGCAUGCAGAUGUCAUUUGUUGUCCUGAUUUUAAAACUGAAAUCGGUUUCAAUUUAUCAAAUACUACCUUUUAGUUACAACACUUACUCUCACUGUCAUCCUGAAAUUAAUUAGCUAAUUAGACAUUGGUUUAUUUUUAAUAUUUAAGUAAGCACACAAAUUUUUUUUUAAUGUCCUGGACAUAUUGUCUCACCAACAACUUUUACAAAAAGCCAAUAACAAAAGUCUGUAUGAUGUGCACACAAAUAUAGACAGCUUUACAGCACUCAGCAAUGUCUGAGAAUCUAAACGCAGGAAACGGAAUGGCUAUAGCUUAAUUUGUUGUGAAAUGGCACUGGGAUGACUGACAGCAACUGCUCAAAAAAUGAAAGCUGAGAAAAUGGAGCUCAAAGAAAUUGGAGCUAGAAGCGGAUAAAACGGAACUCGGGAGGCAUUUCUUCGAGAAGCACUUCUCAUUUGAGAAAUGCAUCUUUGUGGCUAUCUUGAGCUUUAAUCUGUCCUCUUUAUGAUGAUGCCAAUAUAGUCGCACUGUGCCAAGGGAAAGCUUCAAAUUUGCAUUUUGCUAUGCCUCAUUUUCACAUUGAUUUUGAUAACAGCCCACCAGUAUUUGUUUUUCAACUUCUACUACUUAUCUUGGUCUAAAAUCACCCUACGAUGUAAAACGCGGUCUCAGAAUUACAGAAGAAAAGUAAUUGAUGAACUGAACAUUUUGACCAAAUUUUCAAUUCCCAUUCCCACGUCUCCCCUUAAUGCAGUUUACAGUACUGUGUUAUGUGCUUUCGACGUCGAGUUGCAGUAAGAAUUCUAACAAGCACAAAUAAGCACCCAAUUCCUAUCAACCAAUCAAAUUUAACUUAAUCCUUUUUAUGCUGGAAUGGUCUGAACUGUUCAAGUGGUUGCUAAUUGUAACAAUUUAUUGUACUCCACUUCUCUCCAAGGUCCCGAAGAAGUGCUUUCUCUUAUAUCAGUGAAAGGUCUGUUUGAUGACUGCAUUGUGGUUUUGGCAUAUGCAACCUAAUAUUUAGUCUUUUUUCUAAAUGAAACUUGCAAACAUCUUCCUACUCCCACCCCACCCCCACGCAGACAUGGACACAUUUUUUUAGACAUAGACCAUUUCUUAGUAUGGGUCAUUGUGUAUUGUUUGCCACUCUGUGUAGUGAACUUGAAAUGAUUUACACCUUUUUGUCCAGAUGAGCUUUGUAUUUCUUUUCGUACAGUAAUCCAAGCUUUUCUUUUUCAGUUCGUGAUACAAUACUGGCACCCUUAUCAUGCAUUUAUUCGUGGUUUGUUGAAAAUGUUCUUUUGUCAUACACAUGAUCUCACAGGCAGCGUGAUUCUGCCUAUAAAGCAGAAAAGUGAUUCACUUGUCGAUGCUGCAAUUGAAAUAAGUCGUUUCUUAUUUCUACCUCAUGCAGACGUUCCUUCAAGUUCUGAGCCACUUGGCUUCUUUGCGUCUGUACUUUGGCUCAUACGCAAGCAAACAAAAAGGAAUGGCGGCUUGCGUGUAGUUGCCUCAGGGUGUAAUAGUAAUACUACUCUCAAGUAAUACUACUCUAGUAAUGUAAUACUACUCUCAAACUUUAUUAUAAAGAAGUUGCAUCUUAUAUGAAAAUAAGUUUAUAUUCAAACAUUCGUUAAAAAGUAAUGUUCCCAAUACUAUUACAAGACUAUUCUUCUUUUGUUUCAUUAUAAUUGAUAUUUUGUUGUGUCUCGGUUUGUUAUAUCAAGGUUUGAGUGUACAUACAGCCGAUCCAAGUAAGAAUUUUAAACUGGACUUUUUAAAACCAGUUGUCAACUACCCACGACAUAAGUUGUCUUUUAAAAGGUUUGUUAUCAAUUUCUCAAUUUUUCAAUUGCUCUUUUUCAACUUUAGUCCACUGGUUAACCUAAGGCCACUGCAAGGUGGGGUUGCAUGGUCUCAGUUUAAGUGUGUGAUUGAAUUUUAGAACUUGUUGGUGCAGAUAGAAAACUUUUUGACUCUGUAAGUGAAUGAUCGCUAUGAAAACGUCAGACAAGGGCAGGCUUAGUCCUUUUCUCAUGUUCUCUUCGCAGUCGUUUGCUCAUGCUCUUAAAAAAAUGCUUGCUGUGCGAUUGUUGGGCUAGUGUCUUUCAUAUUGACUUAGCAAUGCACUGGCAAGGAAUCUUGAGAAGAAUUAGCUGUGACAGAGUUUAGUGCAGUUACUUGUACAUUUCAAACAAUGUUUCCUAUAAUGGUGCACUAAGGGCAUUUUGCUAUGCACUAAACUGCUGUCGUGCAUUUAUUUGUCGAGCUUAAAAAGUAGGUCAUGGGUUUGAUUGUUGGUUACAGCCAGUGUUUUGAGGGUGGUAUGGUGUAUCAUCACGAUGAACAUUAACGUGCCAAAGCAAGGCGGCUCACGUCAAGGCUGCCUGGAUGGCUAGAAGUAGUCUUUGGCAUCAUUCGUGCCAGAUUCUAAGUAGGACAACCUAAAGGUGAUAGCAGUACAUGUGCUAAAAAUCUUUUUCGAAAGAGCAGUCUUUCUUGGCCUUUAAUAAAAAAUAGUUCACCAUGGCUACUGUUCAGUUGUUGAAGGGACACUAAAGAGAGACAUUUUUUUACAUAUUCGUAAAUUACAAUUUUACUAUUCCAAAAAUACCACUUUUAUCUUGAGACUAUGGUUCGUAAGCAAGCAAAUACACAAAAAGAAAAUGCAGGUGGAGACGCCACAUUGAAGUGAGUUUUCUCACCUAACACUGUGAUGUAUGUCUUGAUGGUACUGUAUGCGCUAGGUCCUGCAUAGUUUGCAAUUGAUAAUAAUGAAUUAAAAAAUAAAAGGGGCUACUAACUUAACAUGCCACUUUUCACAAAAGUUCAUUUCCCCCGAUGUCACCAAAACAUGAAAAAUGGAUUUUGAAAUCCGCAUGUCGAGCGUGGAGAUUAUGGUGCAAAAUUUAAAAAUCAAACGUGAACUUCUCCUGUAAUAAUGAACACAUGAAUGACAUUACCUUCUGAGAGUACUUGUCAAUCUAAACGCACUUGUUCUCACACAUUGGUGUCCCUUUAAUGGCCGCAUGUGUCAAAAUGUCAUGGGACUGAGCCAUAUGUCUUUGCGACUACUGCAGUUUCCCUGUAUCGCAUUUCACUCCAUAUGCUGUCUUUUUCGAAAGUUUUGAAGGCACUGCCUGCAUCAGUCUGCCACACUGCGUGCUACAGUUAUACAUUUAAAAUGUUUACUAGCAAUUUCGGGAGUUCCGGGAGUGCGAGUGGCUCUUUAUUCUUUUGGAACUCAGAGCGUAAGAUGCCUCACGAAGGCUCUGCGAAAGGCCGGGCUAGACAGAUUGUCAUCAUCAGUGUGGUGUUGAAACUUUUGACAAAGGCUACAUUUUUUGGAGUGUAAGCAUUUCGUAUGCUUUGCAGUCGCAAGAGCAUUAGCAUCAUUAGCUGGUUUUUGUGUGUCCUGCUGUCUGGAUUUUUCAGUGCUUAUUUACUUUGUAAUUUAUUGUUUUAAGCCUGCCUUUCUGAUGGCUUUUUGACAUGUGCUUUGCAUUUUUAAUGAACUUGCUGUGCUAAUUGGCAGAAGUUCUAGCAGCUUUAACUUGCGUACAUUGAAAGUCUGCUUAUUUUUUAUUAUGAGCACUUUUGCCUUAGGAAUUUCGAGUUCUAUUCUUGUCUUUGGACAGUGAAUGUUAUUUCAAUAAAGAAAGUGUCUCUCAACUGGGUCUAUCCCAGGGAUAUGGGACCACUAGUGAAUAUAUUAGAAUGAAUCUGCUGCUUACCAAUGAAGUGUGUCUUAUUUUGUGGAGUACAAACGAGAAAAUGCAGCACGGUUUUCAGCAAGUCAGACGUGACGUAUAAUUCAAGUAAUAUUGUCAUGGUUAUUGGUCCUAGUCGUUGAACAUGAUGUAUCUAUGUGCUGAAGUAUUAUUAUGGCAUCUGUGAUCGUCGUCACCACAUGAUUGUGAUCCCGAGAAUACUUGUUGUGUCACUGUAAAAUAAAGUUACGACAUGCCGAUAA